CUUGCGACUCAGCGGUUGGCUUGGCAACGCCAGCUGACGAUUUUUUCCCCUUCAAUAUCUGAAAACAAAGCAUUUGUUGUGUACUGUUAUAGAAAAACCUGAUGUUAUUUUAUUCGACCAGAAAGCUUCAGAGACUAUAACCUUUGUUGUGCGAUGAUUGAGUCCUCUUUAACUUCUUUGGGUGCGAAAGUCGUCCUCGCUGCAUCCAGCGAUGAGAAUCACCCACCAGAAAACAUUAUCGACGGAAACACUAAAACAUUUUGGAUGUCCACUGGGAUGUUUCCUCAAGAGUUCAUCAUUCGCUUCCCUGAACCUACAAGCAUUGGUACUGUGACAGUGGACAGCUACAAUGUGAAGCACCUGAAAAUAGAAAAAAACACCUCACAAAAUGCUUCUCAAUUUGAGUCUAUUGCAGAGAAAGAGUUUGCAUAUACAGAGGGACAUCUUCAGUCGAAUGCUAUAACACUAAAUGGCAGCAGUGCAGCUCACCUUCGUUUUAUCAUCACCUCGGGAUACGAUCACUUUGUCUCAGUUCACAGAGUACAAAAUAUAAAACAACCCCAGUGUGCUGUGUGCUGCUGCACAAUGCCACGCACCACAGUUGAGGUCAUUUCUGCCAAAUGAACUCCUUUAGAUGCCUCAGGUGUAGAACCCCAGGUUGACUUGUUGAUGGAGCACAAUUCCGUGAAUGCUGGUUGUUCCCCUGACCUGUUGCACCACCUUUGGGCUUGGACACUGCAGAUACCCAGUUCUCAUCACCAGUUUGGAUCUUCAAUAUGAGGUCUGUGGUGAAAUUGCAUCGUGCGCAGGUGUAAGUGGCCCAAAUGGGACUUCAAGGGAGCGAUCAAAAACUAGCUGCAGUGCUGGAUGGGGUCCAGAGGUGCACAAAAAGAUGACCUUGAAAGUAAUAAAGAUUGAAAUUGAAAUUUAAGUCUGGCAUGGUUUUUAUUUUUAUGGGAGUUGUGUAAUGUUGUGAGGCUCAUCUCAUGUAUAAAAACAUAUAAUCAUUUUAUGUUUUUUAUUUGCAUAUAUGGCUUUAUGGCAUUAUUUAAUGAAACAAUCCCACUGCAUAUUUUCAUAACAGACACACUAGCAUUUUUGACACAGAUAGCUGGGAAAUGGCUAAGAAUCUUCUUGGGAUGUUUUUUUUUAGAGCAGUACAUUAAUUUGGAAAACAGGAUGUUAUCGUCUUACUCGUGAAGUUGAAAUCCCAGAAAAAAAUAAUCAUUUGAAUAUAUUUUUAAGUCUGGCCUAUGAUUAGGAAAAUUACAUCAAUCCAUUUU